CUUACAAAAAGAAAAAAAACAGAAACAAAUUUUAAAAAUUAACAAAGAAACACGUUUUUCCUUGGCUCAUUGUUGUCUGUUUUAUUAGAUUAAAAAAAAAUGGGAGUUCCAAAUAAAGAUCCUCUCUCACAGUUGAGUUUACCUCCUGGUUUCAGAUUCUUCCCUACCGAUGAAGAGCUUCUUGUUCAGUACCUAUGUCGCAAAGUUGCAGGACAUCACUUUUCUUUGCCAAUUAUUGCUGAAAUUGAUUUAUACAAAUUCGAUCCAUGGGUUCUUCCAGGUAAAGCGAAUUUCGGUGAGAAAGAAUGGUAUUUCUUCAGUCCAAGGGACAGGAAAUAUCCAAAUGGUUCACGACCAAACAGAGUUGCUGGGUCGGGGUACUGGAAAGCUACUGGAACGGACAAAAUCAUCACCACCGAAGGUAGAAAAGUUGGCAUAAAGAAAGCACUUGUUUUCUAUAUCGGUAAAGCACCAAAAGGAACUAAAACUAAUUGGAUUAUGCAUGAGUAUCGCCUUCUUGACGCUUCACGAAAACACAACCUUGGUAGCUCCAAAUUGGAUGAUUGGGUCUUGUGUCGCAUAUACAAGAAGAACUCAAGCUCGCAAAAGGAAGUUCAAUCAUUUUCGGGCAAAGAAUACAGCAAUGGUUCAUCGCCUUCCACAUCCUCCCACGUGGAGGAUAUGUCGGACUCAUUUCCGGUAAUUGACGACCAGAGCUUUGCGCUUCCGCGGGUGACAUCGCUCAAAAUGCUACAGCAAGAGGAAAAGUUCGGGUUUCAUAACAUGGGAGCCGGAAUUUUCUCUGAUUGGGUUACCCCGGCAGAGUUUGACACGAUACCGGAAUUUGAUUCCGGAAGCCAAACACAAGGGAUGCUGAAUUACAGCUGCACUGAUUUUUGUGUCCCUUCAGCGCCGCCGUUUGGGCAGUUGGAUCUCUCGGCGGGAUUUAGGAACCCCACGGAGGAAGAGGUUCAGAGUGGCAUGAGGACUCACCGGGUUACAGAUAAUGAUAAUUUCAAUUUGUAUCAACAUAAUUCAAAUGUGUUUUUGUCGGGCUUGGGCGACCCGUUUGAGUUUGGGUCUUCGGGUUAUUCUUUUGGUUUAUAGACUAACAAGUUGUUUAUGUCAUGAUACUUUAGAAGAAAAAAAAAAGAUUUAAAUUUCAUAUAAGGCCAAACAGAAUCGCCAACUUCAAUUGUUGAAAAUGAAAUUAUUGUGUCAAUCGGGAAUGCACUGCAUAGGUGCAAAUAAUUGGUGAUUUUUUGGCAAUUCAAUGUGAAUGUGACGGUUUGGUUUGGUUUGGUAUGGUUAUGGAUCAUAAAAGUAGAAAGACAAAAUACGCAGUUAUUUGGUCCUGGUGGAUGUAGGAAUACGCAAGGAAAUAUACAAUGAAUCCGUGUACUAGUUAGUGACAAAGAAAGUUACUAUGGAAAUUGGCUGGUGCAUGAACCUAGUGGAACUGAAAAAGUAGUUCUAUUCUCAACUUUGCAUGACAUUAUUUGGCUGUAGCACAUACGAAACACGUUGUACCUAAACACAAUAUUGCGGCUAUUAUUUGGCUGUAGCACAUACGAAACACGUUGUACCUAAACACAAUAUUGCGGCUAUUUUCAAAAGUUGGUUUACAUGAUAUUAUUAUUCA